ACUUCCCAAAUGAAAUUAUGGCGCGGGAAAAUGAAAUCAAGGCGCCAAUGUUUUCCCGCUCCAGUCAACUACAAAACCCAUGCAACAUUUACAAUCUCAAUCAAUUUCACACUCAAAUCUUUCUAUUUUUCAAUUAUUUCACACUCCAAAUUAAAUUCGCAAUUAAACAAUGCCUUCAAUUGGUGCUAAACGUAGAUUCAGAUCUCCUGCACCACCACUCUCCGCCGCAUCUCCGCCAACUCGGAAAUCCCUCCGCCGUUGCAUCACUGCAACUCCCAAUUCCGUCCCUACCGUGAUUCAGAAAAUCGACACCGACGAAAAUAAAGUAGAAUCGCAUGAAUCCAAUGCCGUGAAAUCCAGAUGGAAUCCCAAAGAUGUUGAGCAAUUGAGAAUGGCGAAAGAAGUGUUGCACAUGUCUACUGCACCGUCUACCAUAGUGUGUCGUGAGGAGGAGCAAAAUGUGGUGUUGGAGUUUUGCAAAGGGUGCGUUGAACAUGAAAAGGCUGGGAGUCUCUAUAUAUGUGGGUGUCCUGGAACUGGUAAAUCUCUCUCUAUGGAGAAAGUGAAAGAUAAUUUACUCAACUGGGCUACACAGGGAGAUUUUCCUCUGCCUGAUGUUUUAUCUGUAAAUUGUACAUCUCUGUCAAAUACAUCUGAUAUUUUCUCAAAGAUACUUGGGUUACACAAAUCCCUAGGCAAAAAGGGUUCAGGCACACCCUUACAGCAACUUCAGAACAUGUAUUCUCAUGAAUCACCUACAACAAACAUGAUAUUACUAGUAGCAGAUGAAUUAGAUUAUCUAAUAACCAAAGACAGAGCUGUGCUCCAUGAUCUUUUCAUGCUUACCACUUUCCCAUUUUCCAGAUGUAUACUAAUAGGUGUAGCAAAUGCAAUUGACCUAGCUGAUCGAUUUCUUCCAAGGCUGACAUCAUUAAAUUGCAAGCCUACUGUUGUAAAUUUUCGAGCAUACACCAAAGAUCAGAUCCUUAGGAUUCUUGAAGAAAGGCUAAAUGAACUCCCUUACAUUGUUUUCCAACAUCAAGCAUUGGAACUAUGUGCUAGGAAAGUUGCUGCAGCUUCUGGGGAUAUGCGAAAUGCUCUUUGUAUAUGCAGGAGUGCAAUAGAGAUGCUAGAAGCAGAAAUUAGAGAAUCUGCUUGCAGUUUGAAUGCUUUGGAAGAGAAAUCAUCCUCAGAACAAAAUCUUCCUACAGCUCCUGAUUUUGUAAAAAAACAAGAAUUUGAUAUGGUAAGGAUUGAUCAUAUGGCUCUUGCCUUGUCAAAAACAUAUAGAUCACCCGUGGUGGAUACAAUACAAUCUCUGCCACAUCAUCAACAGAUUAUACUCUGCUCUUCGAUGAAACAUUUCCGUGGGGCCAAGAAAGAUACAACCCUUGGCGAGUUAUAUAAAUCUUACACGACAAUAUGCAAAUCAUCACUAAUUCCCCCAACAGGAAUCAUGGAAUUUUCAAACAUGUGCCGAGUGCUAAAUGACCAGGGCCUAAUUAAACUAGGACAAUCUCGAGAUGAUAAAUUGAGAAGAGUGACACCCAAAAUAGAUGAAGGCGAUAUUACUUUUGCAUUGCAGGGAAUCCGUUUUUUUCGAAAUUGUCUUCAAUGAUCCUGCUGACUGGUGGUUUCCAUUAUGCAAAAUUCUUCAGAGAAGCAAGAGAUGUUAAAGAUUUUUAAUUUUGUUUAAAUUUUUUCUAGACUGUAAAGUAGCAAUUGUUGUAAAAUUUUGUAAAAAUAAACAACUGAUUUAAACAUUAAUUAUAUCUUCAAUUUUACACCAAUAAAGUGAUUA